ACCCUCCCCUUUCUCCCUCUGCCGACCUCCGUUCUUGUCUCUCCCAUUACCUCCAAAACCCCAUUCGAAAAGCCUUCCUUUUGCUCUUCGAUCCAAUCCAUGCGCUCCUCCUCCUCCUUCCACUGCAUUAAUUACCUUCUUCGCCGACUUCCCCUCUCGCGCCACUCGUCGUCGUGCUUAUCUUUGUUGUUAUCGUCCCCGUACCCCAGCUAAUUAUGACGCGCACCUCCUCGUUCGCCCCCUUCUUCACCUUUUCUUGGCUUCCGCAGCCCAAACCCCUGCCCGCUUCCUUCCAUCCUUUCCUCGUGUUGUGCGUGCAUGAAUCUCGCCGAAGGAAGGCCGCUGCCGCUGCUCUCCGUCUGUCCUUGCCCCUUUUCCACCCAGAAAGGCCUCACCUUUUUGCUCCGUUGAUCGCCGCGCAACGGUAAGAGAUGGAGCAUGGAGAGGGGAGCAACGUUAAGAGGCCUCCUGCUGUCGGAUUGACGGUGAAGAGGCAAAUGAAGAGUCCAUCUCAGGUCCAGAUCCUCGAGGAAGCUUUUGCAGUGGAGUCGAAUCCAUCCGCAUUGAUGAAGGAGGAUUUGGCUAGAAGGACCGGGCUGGAGUACACGCAAGUCCAGUACUGGUUUGGGAACCGGAGGUUCUUGGACAAGCAUGGACCCCGGACGAACACACCCAGGAGAGAUCGCCAUGGUACCCUAUGGGAAUUCAAUCCAGACAGGACCUCAAGCAUGUCACCUGUUACAGUUGCAAGAGCAGGGCCAGCACCGAAUGGCUCGGUAUACUCAGCGGAGACCUUGCCGAUGAUGAGGCCUGCAGGACAGUACACAGUGAAUCCUGGAUUGGUUCCGAUCCUGCCAUGUGUGCCACUGGCGACACAGUCACAGUUGUUGCCAGUGUCCCAAGAGUUACAAUGGAUGAUCACACAUGUUGAGAAUAAGCUUGGGCAUCCUUUAAGAGCUGAUGGGCCGAUCCUCGGUACUGAGUUUGAUGCUUUGCCUCCUGGAGCUUUUGGGUUCGCUUCAGUAAAUGCAGAACAAAAGCGAGCUUCACAUCCUUAUGAUGGCAAAGAAAUUGAGCAACCAAAGUUGGAGUCAGUGAAGGAACCAGCAUUCAUGCUUAGGUUGGAGUAUGGUGAUGUUCAUGCACUUGAAGCUGAGGCUCCAAAGGCAGUGCGUGAAUUCCAGUUUUUUCCGAUUCAACCAAGCUGGCUGCAGAAGUCUGAAGAUGUCAACCAGACUGGUGUUCCCAAGUCUUCAGUUAAUACUUCACAUAAUGUGUCUGAUGAUUGUCAUGCUGUUACUCCAGAUGCGGAACAGGCAAAUCUGUUUCCUUCAUCUAGUAAGGUGGUUUUUCAAGAUGACAGUUAUUAUAAAACAGAGAAAACACAGGUACAUCCAUCAGGAUCAUAUGGUGUCAAUGAAAACCAGCAGCUUGAUCAUGCAAGAACUGCUGCGGCAACAUCAGAGGAAGUAAACCAAAAGUCCCAGGAGAGAUCAGAAACUACAUCAGUAGAUGCGCGACAAACAGGCUAUUUUAGCAAUGUUGAUCAUAGUCGCAGGCCUCUGGUCGCUAAGUGGAGUGAAAAAGAAGGCCAGAUUGUUUAUAUUAUGGAUUAUACUGGCACUACCCCAUCUAUGUCAAGUGGAACUAAUUCAACUUUGAGUAGUGGAUGUGAUGAGGCUUCUAAAAAUGUUGGUGGUCGUGUGGACGGCAAACCCAUGGAAGUAGUUAAUGUUGAUGUUGAGAAAGAUUGUACAGAUAGCAAAUCCAUGGACGUAAAUUGAUGCUGAUGAUGAAGAGGAAUGCAUCAGAAUGGGCAGAAAGAAAGACAUGGGAAUGAUGAGGAGAUGGCAGACAGGGUUUACAAGGAUGAUGAAGAGGAGAACACAGACAAGGAUGCAGAGAACAAUGAGAUUGAAAGAUGCUUCACCCCAUUUGCUACAUGGAGGCAUAUACUGUAACACUAGUGUAAUAAUACAUUGGCAUGAUUACUGUUCUUUGAACUUGAUGAUGCUGUUUCUGAUAUCACUCUUCAUUGUUUCAA